CACACAUAAAACACACGCACGCACACACACACGCACACACCUAAACACACGUACGCAGGCACACACACAUACGAUUACACGUACAGCACCGAGGCAGAACUGACCAAUUUCCACUAGAUGGGCCAGCUAUAUCAUAAACAUUCCUGAAAACACAAAUGUGCUUUUUGGUCUUCAUUUCAAAGGUUAUUUUUAGGCAUCAGGGUUAGUUAGCAGUGAAGUCAAGGUUAGGGUUACUUUUAAAAUUGUAUGAUUUUGUGGUUGUGCCAGCUGGUGACAAACUCUGCAGAGAUUCAUGACAAUAAAUGCCAGCCUGCCACAAAUACACAAAUAAAUGACACAAAUAUGGGAAUGUAUGUUUUUGAUUGGCUGAAAACCACCCACUAUUUGGAGGAAAAUCUGAAAUGAAGGAACAUAGGAUUUUUUUAGUGAUUUUUUAGUGAUUUUUUAGUGAGUGCGACGGACUGAACAAUUGGAAUAAAGGAGUUACUGUAUAUUUUCUUCAACCGAGGAUUUGGAUUCCAGUCUACCGUUGGAUUCCACAGUCUACUGUUGGAUUCCACAGUCUACCAUUGGAUUCCACAGUCUACCAUUGGAUUCCACAGUCUACCAUUGGAUUCCACAGUCUACCGUUGGAUUCCACAGUCUACUGUUGGAUUCCACAGUCUACCAUUGGAUUCCACAGUCUACCGUUGGAUUCUACAGUCUACCAUUGGAUUCCACAGUCUACCGUUGGAUUCUAAAGGAUUUUUAAAUUCAGUUCCAUUCAAUUAUUUUGACUUGAUAGGCCGGCAUUCAGUGAAUUCAGACCCACUAUAGAGGAAGAGGAAACAUCUUUGUCUUGUUUUUUUGUGCAGCGGCCUCUGUAGUCGUGGCUGUGGCUUCUGCUACGCGUGGGAAUAAUACUGUGGGUUCAGGAACAGGAGAUCCAGAGUUCCGAGAGUUUAUCUGUGAUCCAGUCAUCAAUGCUCCCACCAUCACAAAAACAACUCUAUAGAGAUACAGACAGAGUUUAUUUCACUUACUUUGCCAAUGUAUAUUUCCCAUGCCAAUAAAGCCCCAUUGAAUUGAAUAGAGAGAGAGAGAGAGAGAGAGAGAGAGAGAGAGACAGAGAGAUAUCCAGGUGUGUUCUCUUCCCUCGCUCUCUGCAGUACUGGACAUCCUCGUCGUGAUAUUCUAUAGACACCCAAAUAUUCUAGUCAUUAACGACUGGAUGAAGCCCACAGCCAACUAGCAAUCCUGUCCAAUCCGCCAGUCCAAUAGCUGCUUGCGUUGCAUUUAGUGGUUCAUUGGUGGAAGAGAGGAGCAUAGCUGGUGGCAGGACAGAGAGGUGCUUCUCUGGCCUGGCAGCCUCCCUGGGUGCAUAGCAGCCUCCCUGGGUGCAUAGCAGCCUCCCUGGAAGCAUAGCAGCCUCCCUGGGUGCAUAGCAGCUUCCCUGAGUGCAUAGCAGCCUGCCUGGGUGCAUAGCAGCUUCCCUGGAAACAUAACAGCCUCCCUGGGUGCAUAGCAGCCUCCCUGGGUGCAUAGCAGCUUCCCUGGACACAUAACAGCCUCCCUGGGUGCAUAGCAGCUUCCCUGGAAACAUAACAGCCUCCCUGGGUGCAUAGCAGCUUCCCUGGGUGCAUAGCAGCCUCCCUGGGUGCAUAGCAGCUUCCCUGGACACAUAACAGCCUCCCUGGGUGCAUAGCAUCCUCCCUGGGUGCAUAGCAGCCUCACUGAAAGCAUAGCAGCCUCCCUGGGUGCAUAGCAGCCUCCCUGGGUGCUUAUCAGCUUCCCUGGGUGUAUAGCAGUCUCCCUGGGUGCAUAGCAGCUUCCCUGGGUGCAUAGCAGCCUCCCUGGGUGCAUAGCAGCUUCCCUGGAAACAUAGUAGCCUCCCUGGGUGCAUAGCAGCCUCCCUGGGUGCAUAGCAGCCUCACUGAAAGCAUAGCAGCCUCACUGGGUGCAUAGCAGCCUCCCUGGAAAUAUAGCAGCCUCCCUGGGUGCAUAGCAGCCUCCCUGGAAAUAUAGCAGCCUCCCUGGGUGCAUAGCAGCCUCCCUGGGUGCAUAUCAGCCUCCCUGGAAGCAUAGCAGACUCCCUGGGUGCAUAGCAGCCUCCCUGGGUGCAUAGCAGCCUCCCUGGAAGCAUAGCAGACUCCCUGGGUGCAUAGCAGACUCCCUGGGUGCAUAGCAGCCUCCCUGGGUGGGUGAAGAGGAGAGGAGCAGUGUUAGUAGAAGAUCCUUGUUCUCAGGACGAUAGCUCAGAGCGUCUUGAUUCGUAGGCUUAAAGAGGAUCCUUCUUCUGUGGUGGUCUCAUGGUGACAUUAUACCUGAAUCGGAUGCCUGUCUGUGUCGGUCUAGCUGGGGAGCUCCCUGACUACGGAGCCUUGCUGGGGCUCAGAUAGAGCUGGAGAGAAGGGAUAAUGCAUAUCCUUCCCCCUCUGGAGAGAGAAGAAGGCACCAUGAGCAACGUCACUGUCACCGACAACGCAGCCGAGCCCAUCAGCAGAACCAGUGCUCCAGCCACGCCCUACCCAUACCCCUACCCCAUCUCCUUCCAGGUGUCCCUGACCGGCUUCCUGAUGCUGGAGAUCGUGCUGGGCCUGAGCUCCAACCUCACUGUGCUGGCCCUGUACUGCAUGAAGUCCAACCUGAUCUCCUCGGUCUCCAACAUCGUCACCAUGAACCUUCACGUCCUGGAUGUGUUAGUGUGUGUCUGCUGCAUCCCACUGACCAUGGUGGUGUUGUUGUUGUCUCUAGAGGGGGAUACAGCCUUGGUUUGUUGCUUCCACGAGGCCUGUGUGUCGUUCGCUAGUGUCGGCACGGCAGCCAACGUACUCGCCAUUACCCUGGACCGGUACGACAUCUCUGUGAAACCGGCGAAUAGAGUCCUAACGAUGGGCCGAGCCCUGGCUCUGCUGGCCACCAUUUGGGUGCUGUCAUUCCUCAGUUUCCUGGUGCCUUUCAUGGAGGUGGGGUUCUUCGCCCCAGGCCAGUCGGAGCUGAAUCAGACUCUAGCGGAUGUAGUCACAGUGGCCCACACCAACCAAUACUACACAGAGUUAGGACUCUACUAUCACCUACUGGUCCAGAUCCCCAUCUUCUUCUUCACUGCUGUUGUGAUGCUCGUCACCUAUUCCAAGAUCCUCCAGGCGCUCAACAUCCGCAUUGGGACACGCUUUCACACAGCGUCACAGAAGAAGAAGGCCAGGAGGAAAAAAGGUCCCUCCAUGACGGCUAUGACGUCACAGGCCACGGACGGGGCCAUGGAGCCAUCCGAGCCCAGCGGCCGCGCUCUCCCCCCGAUGGGCAUGCGGACCUCCGUCUCCCUCAUCAUUGCGUUGAGACGAGCGGUUAAACGCCACCGGGAGCGACGAGAACGCCAGAAACGAGUCUUCAGGAUGUCGAUGCUCAUCGUGUCGACCUUCCUGCUCUGCUGGACUCCCAUAACCGCCCUCAACACGGUCAUCUUGACCGUAGGCCCCAGCGACUUCACGGUCAAGCUACGGUUGGGCUUCCUGGUCAUGGCAUACGGGACGACCAUCUUCCAUCCGCUUCUCUAUGCCUUCACCAGGCAGAAGUUCCAGAAGGUUCUGAAGAGUAAGAUGAAGAAGAGGGUGGUGAGCAUCAUAGAGGCCGACCCGCUGCCCAACAACGCGGUCAUACGUAACUCCUGGAUUGACCCCAAAAGGAACAAGAAGGUCACCAUCAACGAGGACGCCGAGGCCAGGCAAAAAUGUCUGCAGUCUUCAGAGGAUGCUGUGGAAUGACAGUGAAUAUCUUAGCGACCUUGUCCAGAGGUCCGGAUCUCAGGGUUUUGUCUGCAGAGGAAAGUCUUGGGCGGGCCGCAUCAUUUUCUUUUCAGACCGCCUAUGUCCAAACGAAUCAUUUUCGGGAUGUGAAAACGUUUUCAGUGUAAAUUUAAAACAGCUUUAACCAGAUAUAAAGUAUGUUGAAAAGAUAAUACACCUAUAUAUUUUUUUACUUUAAGAUUUUAUGUGACAACUAACAAACACCGAAAUAAAAGCUAGACAGUCAGGGAGAAUUUAAAGUUCCAAAAAAUGAUGCAUUCAGGAGCAUUCUUGUCAUGGCAUGAGGCCCUCAUUUAUUUGUUAUGACGUUCGAGUCACUCAGAUAGCAUAAACCAAGGCAGAAUGUGUAGAAUUGCAAGAAAUUAGAUUUUAUCUCUGUCAAAAUGCAGAAAAUGGCCAUGCCCCCCCCCCCCCCACCCCCCCACCAUGCCCAUCACCUAAGUCCCAUUUUGAUCCAGGAAAGAAAAACUGGAUCUCUUGGUGUAAUGGCUAAGGUGUUGGGUUGACAGUCGCUGGACCCAGGUUUAAGUCCCGGACAACGAGACCAGACAGAAAUGUCUUCAGAGGAUCCUGUGGAAUUAAUCCUAGAAUCUAGUCAUUCUAUAUCUGUUGAAUGAAUUCUAGUCAUAGUCAUUCUAUUUCUGUUGAAUGAAUGAACUACUUUAGUGCAAGACAACACAAUAAGGAACGUUGACAGUGUGCAAUAGAUCACCUGACGGGUGUCGAAUGGAUGGUGGUGAUUCAACAUGUAGGAUUGUCGGAAAACUGAAAAGGAGGGCUGACGUUCUGUGGUCAGAGGAGAAAGGAAGGCCAAACGCUGCUUUCAGCCAUUCAUCGGCACGGUCUGUUUUGUCCUCGAGUGCAAUCUUUAAAACUCAAAGCAGAGGAGGCUGGUGGUGGGAGAAAUUGGAGGACAGGUUCAUUGUAAAUGGCUGACGUUGAAAAAAAAUGGAAAGCUAUCAACCACAUCAAACAAAAUGACACCAGCCGCCACUGACUCUAAGAAAGGACUAAUUAUUAGGUUUCAUCAGGUUGGGAUAAAAACAAGGGAAACACAUUCCACAACAGCAAUGUAAAUAUACAGGUAGCUGCCAAGAUAAAGGAAACCCCAACAUAAAGUGUCUUAAUAAUAGGCUGUUGGUCCACCACGGGCCAGAACAGCUUCAAUGCUCCUUGGCAUCGAUUCAACAGGUGUCUGAAACUCCAUUGGAAGGAUGCAACACCAUUCUUCCACAAUAAAUUCCACAGUUCGGUGUCUUGUUGACGGUGGUGGAAAAUGAGGCGCCACUCCAGAAUGUUGGGGAUUGAAAUUAGCACGAGCACGAGCACGCACGCACACACACACACGAACCCUUUAAAUACCUUAGACCCCUCUUUCAGAGUCACUAAGUCAUCACUUCAUCCCUGGUGGCCAAAAUAACUCUGCAUUUUUACACACGACCCUAAGCACGACGGGGUGAUAAUUGCUUCAUUAAAUCCGGAACCACACCUGUGUGGAAGAACCUGGUUUCAAUAUAUUUGUAUCCCUCAUUUCCUCAAGUGGUUCCUUCAUUUUGGCAGUUACCUGUAUGUGUAUCUACUGUAAAUGUACAAAUACCAGAGGUGGAUAAAUUAUGACUAUUUAUUGAAAACAAAGUACAUUAGAGGGUUCAUAGAUAAAAGCUGUAGAUAUUGCAUGGCUUUUGGUAACUGUAGCAAUAUAUAUAUAUAUUAUAUUUACAUGUGUAUAUAUAUAUAUAUUAUAUUUACAUGUGUAUAUAUAUAUAUAUUAUAUUUACAUGUGUAUAUAUAUAUAUAUUAUAUUUACAUGUGUAUAUAUAUAUAUAUUAUAUUUACAUGUGUAUAUAUAUAUAUAUUAUAUUUACAUGUGUAUAUAUAUAUAUAUAUUAUAUUUACAUGUGUAUAUAUAUAUAUAUUAUAUUUACAUGUGUAUAUAUACAUAUAUUAUAUUUACAUGUGUAUAUAUAUAUAUAUAUAUAUUAUAUUUACAUGUGUAUAUAUAUAUAUAUAUUAUAUUUACAUGUGUAUAUAUAUAUAUAUAUUAUAUUUACAUGUAUAUAUAUAUAUAUAUUAUAUUUACAUGUGUAUAUAUAUAUAUAUAUUAUAUUUACAUGUGUAUAUAUAUAUAUAUAUUAUAUUUACAUGUGUAUAUAUAUAUAUAUUAUAUUUACAUGUGUAUAUAUAUAUAUAUUAUAUUUACAUGUAUAUAUAUAUAUAUAUUAUAUUUACAUGUAUAUGUAUAUAUACAUAUAUACAUAGAGACGUGUACAGUAUAUAAGGAAUACAUAUUCUAUAUAGAACAAGUAGGCAUUGUAUACAUUGUAUGUUUAUAAUAAAUGUUGUGUUCACUUACUGUUUUUAUUUGUAUACAGUAAAUCCUUCAUUAAUUAGGGAAGCAGAGAAUGAGAUCUCUUCGACAAGUGAGGCCUGUGUACAAGACAACAGCAAACAUCACAAAAUACCAAUCCGGUGCGUUCAGAAAGUAUUCAGACCCCUUGACUUAGUACAUAUUUUUUGUUACGUUACAGCCUUAUUAUAAAAUGGAUUCAAUCAAAUAAAA